AUGCAAUAUUAUCAACAAAGCAACGCCUCAAGUGCUGACAGUAGCAGUGGAAGUAGCAGAACUGCUUCUGCUUCUGCUGCUGCUGCUGCUGGGGCUAUUGCACCUAAAGUUUCAGGCCACCAUCAUGUUUUCCGUGGAGUUCGGCGUAGGAGUAGUGGAAAAUGGGUGUCUGAGAUUAGAGAGCCUAAGAAGCCUAACAGAAUCUGGUUAGGCACAUUUCCUAACCCUGAAAUGGCUGCUGUUGCGUAUGAUGUGGCAGCGCUUGCACUUAAAGGCCAGGAUGCAGAGCUUAAUUUCCCAAACUCAGCUGCUUCUCUGCCUGUUCCUGCUUCCACGUCACCGCGUGAUAUUCAGGCUGCCGCAGCUUCUGCGGCUGCUGCUAUAGGUGCUGCAAAGGAUGCUUUAGGGAUUCCAAGUAUGGGGGAUACUAAUCAAAUGGAACAGGAAAUUAGGCCAAUGGUCAAUGAUCAGUUUGUUGACGAGGAUUUGAUGUUUGAUAUGCCUAAUGUUCUUGUGAACAUGGCAGAAGCGAUGCUUCUUAGCCCUCCUCGCUUGGACAUUGCAGGUGAUGAUGCUACAGCCUAUGACAGCACUGGAGACCAGAACCUUUGGAAAUUCCCUUGA